GGAUUAAUCAUAUCUUAAUUAAUAAACUCCAUGCAAGUAGUACUCAUAUUUAUUAAAAGCAGCCAUCUUUGAACACCACAUUUAAAUUUUAAUAAUUCCUGCAUCUUCUUCCACACUACUUCUAUAUCACAUUAUUCAACCUCUAUAUAUAUAUAACUAAUAAUCCAUUACUCAUUUCAUCCAAGUUCCAACCAUGGCUUCCUUCCUUUCCUCCACUCUCUUCCUCGCACUCAUCAUCUCCGCCGUCGCCGCCCAAAACGGCCUAAUCCUCCCCAUCCGCAAAGACCCCAAAACCUUACAACACAUCGCCACAUUCAAAAUGGGCAGCAACCGCGCCGCCAUCAGCGCCGCCGUCGACCUCGGCGGCCCCUUCCUCUGGUUCUCCUGCAACGACUACGCCUCCACAACCUACGCCCCCAUCCCCUGCGGCUCCGCGAAAUGCGACGCCGCCAAGGGCAUCGGCUGCGUCGGCUGCAACCUCCCGCCGCGCCCCGGCUGCACCAACGACACCUGCGGCGCCUCCCCUUACAACCCCUUCCUAGACGUUCUCGUCUCACAGGGCUACGCCGAGGACACCUUCUACGCCAAAUCCGGCGCGCCGCUGCCGGAAUAUUCCUUCUCCUGCAUGGAUAAGGAUUACCUGACCGGCCUCGCCGCCGGCGCCACCGGCAUGCUAGGCCUCGGCAGGACUCAGAUCUCUCUCCAUAGACAAGCCUCAGCGAAGCUUAACUUACCCGACGCUUUCUCCCUCUGCCUCCCCUCUUCCGGCGCGGGAAAAUUAGAAAUCGGAAUUAAACCUAGAUCUGUUAAAACGACGCCGCUGCUCAUCAAUCCGGUCAGCACUUACCCGAUCUACACGGAGGGCGAUGCGUCGGACGAGUAUUUCAUCGACGUGAGAGGCAUCGCCGUCGCCGGAGCUCGCCUCAAUUUGAAGGACUCCUACUUCUCCAUCGACAAAAACGGAGUCGGCGGCACCAAAAUCAGCACGAUGCAGAACUUCACGGCGGUGCACAACUCCAUCUACAAGCCGCUGGCGAGGGCGUUCGCGAAGGCGGCGUCGGAUUUGGGGAUCAGGAGCGCGGCGGCGGUGGCGCCGUUCAGAGCGUGCUUCAGCUCGAGCUCGAUCGCGAGGACGGCGGCGGGGCCGGCGGUGCCGGAGAUUGAGCUGGUUUUGGCGGGGAAGGACGCGACGUGGAGGAUGAGGGGGGCGAAUCUGAUGGUGGAGAUCGAUCGGAAAACGACGUGCCUGGGAUUCGUGGACGGCGGUUCGAGUCCGAGGACGGCGGUGGUGAUCGGAGCGCAUCAGUUGGAGGAGAAUUUGCUUGAGUUUGAUCUGGUUUCGUCGCAGCUUCGCUUCAGUGAGUCUCUAUUGUUGUCGAACACGAGCUGCUCUAGGAUUUGAUAUUGAUUCAUUAACUAAUGCUUUUCUAUUGUCUUCGCUCUUCAUUAGUGUUGUAUUGUUGUGGUUGAAUAUGAAAUUAAUUUUCAUUUA